GAAUGGUUUACUGGUUACAGUGCUGUGUUGGAUAGCAGGAACCGCCGCUGCUGAAAUAUAGAAUAAUGCAAAGACGCGGAUGGACGAAGUGGAAGAUGGGGCUUGGAAAUCUAUUAAGCAAUUCAAAUAUUGCUUUUAAAGCAUAGCAUUUGGUUAGACGACAGAUGGUUUUACCACGGACACAGAAACCAAAAGAAAAGGGAGAUUCAGCAAGAGGAAAGUGACCAGGCACUCAAUGUUUAUGGACAGACCAACGCAUCUCUGGCAAAUGUAAUGGAAACAAUAUCUCUGCUCCAGUUUCUCUUUGAAAUGUAUCAAGGGAAACAGAUAACUGACUCUCAGGGCUAAUCAAGCAGUGGUUGAGUUUGAAAGUGGAUGCACUCAAAGCACUGUGCCCUGUCAUGCACAACACCAUGUUAAAGCAACAAACCUGGAAUAACACUGGGCAUUCAGUCCAGCCAAUGAGAAAGCCAUGGAAAAAGUUAGUGGAAAAUGUACAGUAUAAGCCUCAAUUGUGACUCUUUUCUUGCCCCAUAUAUUAAGUGACGUCUCAAAAACUGGUUUUCUUGUCCACAACCAUUCUGUGUUUUCUCAGAAGGGAGCCUCAGUUUCACUUUGGCUUUAUGACAACGCUAAGGACAGCUGCAAUCAACUUGGAAAAGCACAUGUGGAGUCAACAAAAUGGAUAUUCAAAUUUACAGCUGGCCCAGUCUGGGUUGAAAAUGUGAGGGCAAGGAAAGCCCUAUGAGGAAUAGUCGGAAUAGCAGUAUCUCAAAAUGGCCCAAACCAGUUUGCUGCAGGGGAAGCGUUUUUACUGCAGGGACUGGGUCUUCCACAAGAUCCAGCACUGUGUCCGGGAAAAAACGAAUGGCCUGAGUGGUGUGAUCACCACUCCCAGCAAGCAGUCCUCUGCCUCCGGUACUGGCGCACCCAACCCCAGCGGCAGUUCCGCAGCAGGCUCUGUGAAGGCCACCACCUGGGGGGUGUUGCUGGUGGGGGGGCCUGGGAGUGGGAAGACGGCCCUAUGCACAGAGCUUCUGUGGCCCACCUCAGCCCAGGGGGCUCAUCGGUUGCUGCAGCAGCAGAAUCUGGCCUUCCAUUUUUGCCGUGCGGACGACUCGGACACACUCUGCCUUGGCGGCUUCAUCCGAGGCCUGGUGGCCCAGAUCUGCCAGAGCGGCCUGGUGCCGGAUUACAAGGAGAAGGUGCAUGAACCAGCGGUGCAGAGCGCCCUGCAGCCCGGGGAGUGUGAGAGAAACCCCACUGAGGCUUUCAAGAGGUGUGUUCUCCUCCCACUCUUGAGCGCCAAGCCGCCUCAGCAGGCCCUCUUCCUCCUGGUAGACUCUAUUGACGAAGGCUGUCAGCUGGGUGAGGGGGAACAGAGGUCUUCAGGUUCAGGCACCCCCAGAACCAUCGCUGAGCUUCUGGCCAGCCACCAUGAGUUCUUCCCACCCUGGCUCCUCCUCAUCUGCUCAGCACGCCGACAGAACAGGGCCAUCACCAAACUGUUCACAGGAUUCCGUAAAAUCAGCCUGGAUGACCUCCGUAAAGCCUACAUCGUCAAGGACGUGCAGCAGUACAUCCUCCACAGACUCGACCAGGAGGAGGCCCUUCGCCAGCAUCUUACCAAGGAGACGGCCGAGAUGCUCAACCAGCUGCACAUCAAAAGCAGUGGCUGCUUCCUGUACCUGGAACGAGUGCUGGACGGGGUGGUGGAGAACUUCAUCAUGCUGCGAGAGAUCCGUGACAUCCCCGGCACCCUCAAUGGCCUCUACUUGUGGCUCUGCCAAAGGCUGUUUGUCCGGAAGCAGUUUGCCAAAGUCCAGCCCAUCCUCAACGUGAUCCUCGCCACCUGCAGGCCGCUUACUGUCAAGGAGCUUUACUAUGCUGUCUGGACCAAAAACAUGGCCCUCACCAUGGAGGACUUUCAGAAGAAGUUGGACAUCCUCUCCAAGUUGUUGAUCGAUGGCCUCAGAAGUACUAAGAUCCUCUUUCACUACAGUUUUGCCGAGUGGCUCCUGGAUGUUAAGCAUUGUACCCAAAAGUACUUGUGUAAUGAAGCAGAGGGACAUAGAAUGAUGGCAAUGAGUUACACUUGCAGGGCCAAGCAGCUCAAACCGCUGGAGGUGCAGGAGUUUGCCCUGCAUCUGAUCAAAUCCAACCUGCAGAUAGAGCCUUUCAACCUGGCUCUUUGGAUGGUGUGGAAUGGCACACCGACUAAAGACUCUCUUUCCACCUCCAUACCUAAAGAACAGGAGGUGCUGCAGCUUCUGGUCAAAGCUGGGGCUCAUGUCAACAACGAGGACGACCAUGCCUCUUGCAUAGUGCAGCAGGCACUGGAGAGAGAGGAUUCCAUUCGGACAUUGCUAGACAAUGGGGCCUCUGUGAACCAAUGUGAUUCCAGUGGCAGAACUUUGCUGGCCAAUGCUGCGUACAGUGGAAACCUGGAUGUGGUGAACUUUCUCAUAUCCAGAAGAGCUAACAUGGAGCUGGUGGACAGCCAUGGACAAACGGCACUUACUCUUGCUGCAAGACAAGGGCAUACUAAGGUGGUCAACUGCCUCAUUGGCUGUGAGGCAAACAUCAAUCACACAGACCACGAUGGGUGGACCGCCCUUAGGUCUGCAGCCUGGGGUGGGCAUUCGGAGGUGGUGUCUGCUCUCCUCUACGCCGGUGCCAAAGUUGACUGUGCUGAUGCCGACAGCAGAACCGCCUUGAGAGCCGCAGCUUGGGGAGGCCAUGAAGACAUCGUGCUGAACCUCCUCCAACACGGGGCAGAAGUCAACAAAGCAGACAAUGAAGGAAGGACAGCUCUCAUUGCAGCGGCAUACAUGGGGCACAGAGAAAUCGUAGAGCACCUCUUGGAGCACGGGGCAGAGGUGAACCAUGAAGAUGCGGACGGAAGGACAGCCCUCUCAGUUGCUGCUCUCUGUGUGCCUGCCAGUAAAGGUCAUGCCUCUGUCGUAAGCCUCCUCAUUGACAGGGGUGCAGAGGUGGACCACUGCGACAAAGACUGCAUGACCCCCCUCCUUGUGGCUGCCUAUGAAGGACAUGUGGACGUAGUUGAUCUGCUGCUGGAAGGUGGAGCUGACGUGGAUCACACUGACAACAAUGGCCGAACGCCUCUUCUUGCAGCAGCAUCCAUGGGCCAUGCCUCUGUUGUCAAUACCCUGCUUUUCUGGGGUGCAGCUGUAGACAGCAUCGACAGUGAAGGAAGGACUGUUCUGAGCAUAGCGUCCGCUCAAGGGAAUGUAGAGGUGGUCCGAACUCUGCUGGACAGAGGGCUAGAUGAAAAUCACAGAGAUGACUCAGGCUGGACCCCACUGCACAUGGCCUCAUUCGAGGGUCACCGGCAAGUAUGCGAUGCCCUCAUUGAGCAAGGUGCCCGAUGCACAGAGGUGGAUAACGAUGGUCGAAUACCCCUGAUAUUGUCUGCGCAAGAGGGUCACUAUGACUCUGUCCACAUUCUUCUGGACAACAAGUCUUGCAUCGACCAGAGAGGUUACGAUGGGAGGAAUUCUCUCAGGGCAGCUGCACUGGAAGGCCACAGGGAUAUUGUUGAACUGUUGCUGAGUCAUGGUGCUGAUAUAGAUUAUAAAGACGCAGACGGACGCCCAACAUUAUACAUAUUGGCACUUGAGAAUCAGCUAGCAAUGGCGGAGUACUUCCUGGAAAAUGGGGCCAAUGUGGAAGUCAGCGACACAGAGGGAAGGACGGCCCUCCACGUGUCCUGCUGGCAAGGGCAUGUAGAAAUGGUCAGGAUGCUGAUCAACUAUCAUGCCGACGUGAACUCUUGUGACAACGAGAAGCGAUCGGCCCUCCAGUCAGCAGCUUGGCAAGGCCACGCAAACGUUGUGCAGUUCUUGAUUGACAAUGGUACUCACGUGGAUAAUACAUGUAAUCAGGGGGCAACAGCGCUUGGCAUUGCUGCCCAAGAGGGGCACAGAGAUGUAGUGCAGAUCCUUCUGGAGCAUGGCGCUGACCCCAACCACGCAGACCAGUUUGGACGCACAGCCAUGCGUGUGGCUGCAAAAGGGGGGCAUUCAAUGAUCAUCAAACUUCUUGAGAAGUAUGGGGCCUCGAGUCUUAAUGGCUGUAGUCCUUCGCCAGUACACACUAUGGAACAGAAAAUCCCACUCUCUGUGUCUGGGAAAAUGCACUCCCUCACAAUAAAAUCCAACAGCUCUGGCAGCACAGGAGCUGGAGAUAUGCAGUCAUCGGGACGUGGUUUACAGAACGGUCCUGUCCACGCCUUCAGCUCCCCUUCGGAAUCUCCUGACUCUACCGUGGACAGACAGAAGUUGUCUCUCUCAAAUAAUUCCCUCAAGAGUUCUAAGAACUCCUCACUGAGAACCACCUCGUCCACAGCGACUGCACAGACUGUGCCGAUAGAUAGUUUCCACGGAAUGACCUUCACAGAGCAAAUCCAGCAACACUCUCUGCCUCGCAGUCGGAGCCGACAGUCCAUCGUCUCACCUUCCUCCACCACCAAGUCCAUUGGACAUCAGCAGGGCUCUCAGAGUGAAUUUGACUGGGCUCAGGUUAAGCCGGGUCUCAAGUCGACCAAAGGGAGUAAGACCGAAAAUACCACAUCCAACAGCAAAGGGGGGUCUGGAGACAAGAAAAGGCUCAAGAGCAUUGGCUCAACCCAGGGUCAGGUGUUAGAAUAUGAGAUGACCCAGUUUGAUAAGAGGAUUGCGCUCAACAAGUCUGUAGCGAGCAUUGCGGUGAAAGAUCCUCAUUGCAAGAUCAUGGUUGGUGGCUCCACCCAGCCAGAAGUGGGACUGACCCAAGAGCAGUUAUUCAUCCAACAGCAGAGCAUUGCAGAGAAGAAGCGAAAUGGCAUUAUGACAAACCCCAACUACCAUCUUCAGGGCAAUCAGGUUUUCCUCGGGAGGGUUUCUGUCCAUAGGACUGUACAGAAUAGAGGGCACCAGGACGUUCUGGAGAACUACCCCAUAGGGGAGACUGAAUUAAGCCUUAAACAAGUCUUGAAACUGCAGAUAGAAGGAUCUGACCCUGGGUUUAACUACAAAAAGGAGACUCCAUUAUAGCUGAUGUCUUGAAUGCCAUAUCGUCAUGCAGACAUCGGAGGGAAUGUGCCAAAGCAACUAUGUUCAUCCGCAUAAGAACCGAUUGAAUUGUUUUCCACUCUCAAGUGGAACACCUCAGAAAACCUAAGGGAAGAAUGUUGAUCGCUGCACAAGGCUUACAUGAACUGAUACUUCAAUGUGCCUACAUCUGUUACAGUCUUCUCAGUGUAAUCAUGCACACUAUCAUUUAAUUUAAUGUAUUGAUAUUUAUGCAGUGUAUGCACUUUUUAAAAAGAGAAUGACAAACAUGCAUUUGUUCAGUCUCCCGUUUAUGCUCAUGUGGUUCAAACUAAUUGUUCAAAAGGAUCAUAUAUAUAUUUUGUGUGUGUUGUUUUGUCCUGGAAUCAUACACACCAACAGCAAUUUACCACUGAGUUCAUCGUCACAUCAGAUCAGAGGGACAUCAAGAUAAUCGAUGACAUGGGAUAAUGUUGCACGCGUUGAUACUCUGUCUUUCUGAAAACCCCAAAUAAUCGGUGUUAACUUUGUUCAGUGUGCUAAGCAUAUACUAUAUAUAAAAAGGUAUGUGGACACCCCUUCAAAUGAGUGGAUUCUGCUAUUUCAGACACACCUGUUGCUGAGGGGUAUAAAAUCGAGCACGCAGAAAUGCAAUCUCCAUAGACAAACAUUGUCAGUAGAAUGGCCUUACUGAAGAGCACAGUGACUUUCAACAUGGCACAGUCAUAUGAUGCCACCUUUCCAACAAGUCAGUUCGUCUGGGUUUGGUGGAUGCCAGGAGAGCGCUACCUGCCCCAAUACAUAAUGUCAACUAUAGUUUGGUGGAGGAGGAAUAAUAGUCUGUGGCUGUUUUUCAUGUGGUGGCAGGUAGCCUAGUGGUUAGAGUGUUGGAUUUGUAACCGAAAGGUUGCUAGAUCAAGUCCCAGAGCUGACAAGGUAAAAAUCUGUUGUUCUGCCCCUGAACAAGGCAGUUAACCCAGGCUGUCAAUGAAAAUAAGAAUGUGUUCUUAACUGACUUGCCUCAUUAAAUAGAAAACAGUUCAGGCUAGGCCCCUUAGUUCCAGUUAAUGGAAAUCUUAAUGCUGUGACAUUCUAGACAAUUCUGUGCUUCCUACCUGUUUAAGCAUGUCAAUGCCCCUGUGCACAAAGUGAGGUCCAUACAGAAAUUGUUUUUCAAGAUCGGUGUGGAAGAACUUGACUGGCCUGCACAGAGCCCUGACGUCAGCACCUUUGGGAUGAAUUGGAAUGCCGACUGCGAGCCAGGCCUAAAUGCCCGGCCUCACUAAUGCUCUUGUGGCUGAAUGGAAGCAAGUCCCGCAGCAAUGUUCCAACAUCUAGUGGAAAGCCUUCCCAGAAGAGGAGGAGGCUGUUAUAGCGGCAAAGGGGGGGGACCAACUCCAUAUUAAUGCCUAUGAUUUUGGAAUGAAAUGUUUGACGAGCAGGUGUCCACAUACUUCUGGUCAUGUAGACUAUGCUGUGUGUAAUAUGAUAAUAGUUAAGGCAAUUUGCUAUACAAGUAUAAUCAAGCAUAUUUAUUUAGGAAAAAGCCACUUUCAUUUGUAUUGUAAGCUCUAUCAUGGUGCUGUGUUCAAAAAAAAUCCUGCAGUUAUUUUGGACUCCAUUUUGGUCAACUUAAUUCUAUUUUCUUUGCUAUGUGUAUUGUAGUACUGCAGAUACAGUACCUAAAGGGGGAGAGUUCGAUGAAAACGUUAAACCAAUGUGAUUUCAUUUUGUCCCUGUGGGACUUUGAAUUUGUUUUUGUGUGCAUUUAAAUUGAUUAAAAUAACCGUUAGUAUUCUGUCGACUACAGAGUUUGGUGCUGAAUGCAAAUGUCUCAAGCUUAAGCCGGGGUGAAUGCAUUCGUUGACAGAAUUCUAUAUAUAACCCCGCAAUGCAAGAAACUAAAUUCAAGCUUUGUUUCCCCUAUUGUAGUGUGGCUAUGUUUUGAUAAUUGCAGUAUAUUUUGGGGCAAGACACAAAAAAGGCUUAAGGUUCACUUGUCACGACUUCACCUAGUAGUAGACUUCAAUAAUAUGAUGUUUUUUAGGCAUUGUUUGAAAUGUAUGCCUAUCAUGCCAAAGUUGAAACAGCUUUUUUUCUUCUCCGCCCGAGCGGCUGCAGAUCAGUUGCCCCAGCUCUGGCUCCCCUGGCAAGGGAGGGUCCUGGAGAUGGUGCUUUCGGAUUGGAAACAUGUGUUUCUAAUGGACUAUGUGGAGCCUGUGUGAGCAUUGGCGUGUCAUAUUUUUUUGCAGGGCUUUUCACAAUGUUCACAGUGAGCAAUUUUGUGCCAAGAGAGAGAGAAAAAAAUGGACCGCUGUCGCAUAUGCACAAACACAUACGGUAUAAAGCCCAAGUCACAGCCCUCCGCUCUCCAGUACAGCAUGAAGGUGUGCUACAGUAUGAAGGUAGAAAGGAAACAUUUUAGGAUCAAUUCUGGACGAGUAUUCAAACUUGUUUCGCCAUCUAUCAAACUGUCAUUACUUGUCUUGCCUGUGUUGUCUGUAAUAUUGUUUCAAAUUGACCCUAAACAAUUUGAUUGUAAAUAGCUUACCAUGUACAUUGAACUUUUCAUUCAAAAAGCGUAUUUCCUGUACUCUGUUAAGCCGAAUUUUCUGAUGUAUAUUAAAGUGCUUAAUAAAACAUAUUUGCUUUA